GUUCAUCGAUUAUGGCAUGGCUUCGUCGAGAUUUCAGCUUCACGAUCGUACGAAAUAAAUAACUGUUCAUCAAUACAUUGAAAAUAAUAUUGGAGACAUGUUAGAAUUUCUCCUCAUAAAAAACUUCCCAGCUUGUCCGCAUGGUGAAACUUGACCGAUGUUCGCAUCAUAACAGUUUGAAAAUGGAUCUUGCAGAAGGAUACGUUUUACAAUAUCCAAUUGAAAAAUGCCCGGCUAAUUAUGUGAAUCUCGUUGGGAGCAGAGUCGAAGUUUUAACAAUCAAUCACACUAAAUUUGUUGGACAAAUCUACUCAAUGGACCCAAUUAGUGGAAGUCUUUUUAUGAUGAUAGAUCGUUGUAACCAAGAAGAAAGAAGUAUAAAAUUAAUCAUCGGAAAUUCAAUUAAGUAUCUCAAAAUUAUUAAGAUGACAUCAACUAGCAUGAGAACACUUCCCGAAGAAAAUGGAUUGCAAGGACCUAGCUCUCAGCAUUCUGAAGAUUGGAAACAGCUAAAAGAUGCUUUAAAAAAGUGGUUUCAUGAAAGCCGUAUUCCAGUAAAUGAAAAUAAUUAUGGUUGCCUGUCAGUGCUUAAUGAGAUAGUAGUAAGCCCUCCUUAUAGACCAGAAAAUUGUUCUGGUACCAAUGAAGUCAUGUUGUGGAGAGUUCAGAAACUAUUGGAAAAUUUUUACCAAAAGUGAAUGUAAAUGAUGUAAACAUUUCUGUAUUGUGUUUUGAAUUUUUAAUCAAGUAAAUUCUUUCAUCACUUGA